ACUCCUCUUCUCUAUCUCCACUGAAAUUGUAGUUAUCCCUAUCAAUCACCCUCAAUUUCACACGCUAAUUCAGCAUACUUAUCAAGAAAUGGAAGAAGCCCUGAGGAGGCUUAACGGUGCUCUCACCACCGACUCCGACACUCUUCUUCAGCCCGUCGCCGUCCCCAAGCGGUGCACCACUAACAAGAGGUCCCUCAAGGACGCUGCUGCGUCCUCUGGUGGCGGAACCAUGAGGUACCGCGGGGUGCGUCGCCGUCCCUGGGGCCGGUACGCUGCUGAAAUAAGAGACCCACAGUCGAAAGAAAGGAGGUGGCUGGGCACCUUCGACACGGCGGAGGAGGCUGCCUGCGCUUACGACUGCGCAGCUCGAGCCAUGCGUGGUGUGAAAGCGAGGACCAAUUUUGUGUACCCUACUUCACCCACCCACCCCGCGGUGGAAAAUCUUAUUCCUUCCUUCAACUAUGCAAAAUCAUCCCAGCCCUCCAUCUUGGGUUCUCGCCAGUUUGUCUCGUCGUCUUCCUUUGGAAACCCUAAUCUUGAUUUCAAUGGGUCUUCGUUCAGAGGCAGUAAUUCUCUCAACAUGCUUCGUCUUCGUGACUACUUCAACCCACCCAAUUCAAAAUACUCGGAAACCUCUUCUUUCAACUUGCCUUUACAUGAGCAAAACCCUUUGAAUUUUCUCAACAGUUCAUCAUCUCCACCACCUCCGAAUGAAUUCAUGGCCUCCUCCUCUUUGUUAAAUCUGUCGUGCAACACAACUUCUCAAGCCACCAGCGUGAACGCCACCGUAGUUUCAGACACAAGCUUCAAGGGUUCUUGUCUAAGUACAGACAAAUUCGAUGGUUUUGAGAAUACAACUAAUUCUGGGGUUUUAACAAAUCAUGUUGUUUCUACUGAUCAAGCUGAUUCCAUGGACUUUUUCCCGACUGAGAGGUCUGGUUCAGGUUUGCUGCAAGAAGUUUUACAUGGUUUCUUCCCGAAACCUAAGGCGGCGGAGGCGGAGGCGGAGAAGUCACCACAGGGUACGGUGGAGUCAUUUAGUCCUCUGUCGGCUGCUGAAGUUUCUGCUAGACAGGAGAAUCAUGAAGCCAAGAAUCACAAAGCUUUUGAGAAUGAAUUGUUAGGUUUCUCUUUAGAUUAUCAAAGGGUUUCUCCACUGUACGAGAGUGUGAAUUCCACCGUCAAUUUCUCCGGCAUGGAAACAAUCUCCACCACCCCUUACUGCAGUGAUUUUCCGGCCAUGGCGGUUAACAUUCCGGCUAAUGCAUCAAACGGGAUAUUGGGGGAUAUAUUCCACUACCAGGAAGCUCUAACCCUCUUUGCAGCUAAAGUGCAGAACGCCUGAACUUUGUUGUAUUCAUCUUCUUGAUUUCCAAGAAUCUCUAACAAAUGUCACCUUCAUCUUUCCAUAACAAGAACAUGCUGCUAGCCCAGUUAGACACCCCCCCCCUCACAAAAAAAAAAAAAAAGAAAUAAAAGAAAAACCCUCAAUUCCUGUAAUCUUUCAAGUUUAUAUAUGAACCCAGAAUUGAUCUUCAUGUAACUGAGAAAUGAGGGCAACCUUCGGAUACAAUUGUCGUUAAAUUUCGGAAUAAGCACAUGUACAUUGUUCUUGUCCAAGUUUAAUCAGGUCCUGUUAUUCCUUUGCAUGGGGAAGUGUUGGUUGUUUUUGUGCAUCGAAUGGAUCGAGGGCCGUGUUGUUGCUUUAUGUUCUUGGGAUUUGAUUCAAGAGAUUUCAUUUUCCUUUAGAUCCUUUGAUGGUAGAGGGAAGUUGCUACUUCUCAUGCUGUUGCCUUUUGGGGGUGUUUUCUUGAGUUGACCUUCGAUUUGUAAGAAGAAAAAGCUGUUUUCGUCCGGCUUUUUUGUGCCAUAUUGUUUUGAUAAGUUUCUGUCC